UUCUCCCUGGGUGCCUUCCUCCUUUCCCUCCUCUUCCUCUUCCUCCUCCAUCCUCCUCUUGCGCUUCCUUCCAUCAUUGAGCCCCAAUCCUUUGCCUUGAACAAUACACGGGUCGAAGCGGGUGCCGACUCCUCUUUCCCUCUUUCCUUCUCUCUCCUUUUUCCCUCUCUUGGGGUGUGUGUGUAUUUGUGGGGUGAGUUACCUUUCCCUCUUUUUCGGGGGCUGCCUUCCCAAUGCCGGCGCCCCCUCCCCGCCCCUCCUGGCCCUCCCUCUCCCCUUCCCAGCCUUGAGCUAAGCCUCCUCGGCUGGGUCGCUUGGGUCGGUCUCAACCCCUCCGUCCAAGGAGGCGACAGAGAUCCUCUUUCUCUGGAGGGGGAAAGGGGCUCGGAGGGUUUUUCCAGGGAGGGCAUGAAGGAGCCCCUGUGAACCGUCCACCAUGGAAGGAUCUAGCGGCUCCAGCUUUGGGAUCGACACGAUUUUGUCCAACGCCAGAGCCGGCAGCCCGGGCGUGAUGAACGGGGACUUUCGGGGCGAGGCCAGGGCGGCGGAUUUCUUGGGCCAGGCCAGCCCCGAGUCGCCUUGCUCGGACAUCGACACGGUGGGGACGGCGCCCUCCUCGCCCAUCUCGGUCACGGCGGAGCAGACCCCCGAGCAGCAGCCUCUGGGGCAGGAGCCCCACCACCACCUCCAUCAUCCACAGCAGCCACAGCAGCCACAGCAAAGUUUGCAGCCCUCGCCCCAGCAGCCCUCCUCCUUAGGCAGCUCGGGCAGCUCAGCCCCCCGGACUUCCACCUCUUCUUUCCUCAUCAAAGACAUUUUGGGAGACAGCAAACCCCUGGCGGCGUGUGCCCCCUACACCACCAGCGUCUCGUCCCCCCACCCCCCCCCCAAGCCAGAGAGCAACGCCGCCAGCGAGAGCUUCAGGCCCAAGCUGGAGCAGGAGGACGGCAAAGGCAAGCUCGACAAACGGGACGAGGCCCAGAACGAGCUCAAGUGCCACGGGGCAAAAGAAGAAGGGGACCGGGAGAUUUCCAGCAGCCGGGACAGCCCCCCGGUGAGAGCCAAGAAGCCCCGCAAGGCCCGCACCGCCUUCUCCGACCAUCAGCUCAACCAGCUGGAGAGGAGCUUCGAGCGGCAGAAGUACCUGAGCGUCCAGGACCGCAUGGACUUGGCCGCCGCCCUCAACCUCACCGACACCCAGGUCAAGACCUGGUACCAGAACCGCAGGUAG